GGGAAAUCCACACUAAUGAACACACUUUUCAAUACCACCUUUGAGACGGAGGAGGCCAGUCACUACGAGAAUGCAGUUCGCUUACGACCGCGUACCUAUGACCUGCAGGAGAGCAACGUGCACCUGAAACUGACAAUCGUGGAUGCAGUGGGGUUUGGAGACCAGAUAAAUAAAGAUGAAAGUUACAGGCCAGUAGUUGAUUACAUUGACACGCAGUUUGAAAACUACUUGCAAGAAGAGCUGAAAAUCCGUCGUUCUCUCUUUAAUUAUCAUGACACAAGAAUCCACGUCUGCCUUUACUUCAUCACUCCAACUGGGCACUCGCUCAAAUCCUUAGAUCUGGUAACGAUGAAGAAGCUGGAUAGCAAGGUGAAUAUUAUCCCCAUCAUCGCCAAAGCAGACACCAUUUCCAAGAGCGAGCUGCACAAGUUUAAGAUAAAGAUAAUGAGUGAGCUGGUCAGUAACGGAGUGCAGAUCUACCAGUUCCCCACGGAUGAUGAAGCUGUCGCAGAGAUCAACUCCGUAAUGAAUGCUCAUCUGCCCUUUGCUGUUGUUGGCAGCACGGAGGAGGUGAAAGUUGGAAACAAGCUGGUGAGAGCUCGGCAGUACCCUUGGGGGGUGGUGCAAGUCGAGAAUGAAAGUCAUUGUGACUUUGUGAAACUGCGAGAAAUGCUGAUUCGAGUCAACAUGGAAGAUCUUCGGGAACAGACUCACACCCGCCACUAUGAGCUGUACAGACGGUGCAAGCUGGAGGAGAUGGGGUUCAAGGACACAGAUCCUGACAGCCAGCCAUUCAGCCUUCAAGAAACCUAUGAGACCAAAAGAAAAGAGUUCCUAGGUGAACUGCACAAGAAAGAGGAAGAAAUGAGGCAAAUGUUUGUUAACAAAGUCAAGGAGACUGAAUCAGAACUGAAAGAGAAGGAAAGAGAGCUACACGAAAAGUUUGAGCAUUUAAAGAGGAUACAUCAGGAAGAGAAGAGGAAGGUGGAGGAGAAGAGGAGGGAGCUGGAGGAGGAGAUGAAUGCCUUCAACAGGCGGAAACUAGCAGUCGAAACCCUGCAGUCUCAGUCCUUGCAAGCUACUUCGCAGCAGCCACUGAAGAAGGAUAAAGACAAGAAAAACAGAUCAGUAAUAACAGGAAACCAGUCAGGAGUCAGCCUCUCCAACUCUAAGGUGAUGAUCACCAAAGCCAAUGUGGAGCCCUUAAACUGCAGUAGUUGGUGGCAUGCCAUACAGUGCUGUAGCUGUUUGGUCAAGAACGCAACAUGGCGGGAAGGAUUCAUCUGAGGCAGCCCAUUUAGUAGAUGGGGCCAGUUGGACAUCACCAUGGC